AUGGAUUUCCAACAUCGUGUAGGGGGAAAAACUGGCUCUGGUGGUGUGGCAUCAGAGGCUGAGGCAAAUCGUGACCGUAGAGAGCGGUUGCGGCAACUUGCUCUUGAAACGAUCGAUCUUAAUAAAGACCCAUAUUUUAUGAAGAAUCACUUGGGGACUUAUGAGUGCAAACUGUGUCUAACUCUACAUAAUAAUGAAGGAAGUUAUCUCGCGCAUACUCAAGGUAAGAAGCAUCAGUAUAAUUUACAAAGGCGUGCUGUCGAACAGGCUCGUGAGGCUCCAUCUACUAUGCAACCAGAACGUGUGAAAGUAGAGCCAAAAAAAUUUAUCAAGAUUGGUCGUCCUGGUUACAAAGUAACUAAACAAAAAGAUCCAGACACUAAUCAACAGUCAAUGUUGUUUCAAAUUGAUUAUCCAGAAAUAGCUGAUGCUUCCGGUGUUAUACCUCGGCAUCGUUUUAUGUCUGCCUAUGAACAGCAUGUUGAACCUCCAGAUAAGCGAUGGCAAUAUUUACUGUUUGCUGCUGAACCGUAUGAAACAAUUGCUUUUAAAAUACCCAGUCGUGAAGUAGAUAAAGACCCGAAAAAACUAUGGACCUAUUGGAAUGCAAGUUCUAAACAAUUCUUUUUACAGUUCGCUUUCAAACUAGAAAGUCAGUCGUCCUCUAGUGCAAUGCUUCGUGAUUUAGAAAUGCAAAAAGCCAAAGCUCAACAUGCUCAACUUCAACUGCAGCUACCACCGCCACCACCCCCACCACCUCCGCCUCCACCACAUGCUAUCGGUCUUCCAAUGCCUAGUUUUCUUCUCAGUAUGCCGAUUAACACUAGUAUGACAAGUAUGCCGCCACCUCCACCGCCUCCACCAGUUAUGGUUAAUGCAGCGCCUGGAGGAAAAGAUUCAAAGACUCUGCUGCCUCCACCGCCGCCACCGCCACCACCACCUUCAUUUUCAAUUGGAGCUCCACCGCCUCCGCCUCCCCCACCUUCAGUUUCAGUAGGCACGACUGGUGCCGGAACAAACACAUCGUCCGCUUCGUUCCCACCACCACCUCCGCCGCCGCCACCAUCUGCUUCUUCUGUCCAGAUGAAUGGGAACUAG